AUGCCGUACUAUUCAGAUCCAUCAGCCAAGUACAAACCUUUCGUGAACUCUGUUAAACUCACAAACCGCCAAUGGCCGUCUAGAACCAUUGAAAAAGCGCCUAGAUGGUUAGCUACGGACCUGAGGGAUGGAAACCAGUCCCUACCGGACCCUAUGAGUUUCGACGAGAAGAAGCUCAUGCUCAAUAAACUAGUCGAGAUGGGCUAUAAGGAAAUAGAGGUUGCAUUCCCAAGCGCCUCAAAUAUAGACUUUGAGUUCACGCAAUAUGCUGUCAAGGCUGUUCCCGACGACGUGUACGUCCAGGUUCUUUCCCCUUGUAGAGAGGAAUUGAUAUCAAGAACAAUAGAAUCCUUAAGGGGGGCCCGGAACGCGAUAGUUCAUAUAUAUCUAGCGACAUCCGCGUGCUUUCGCAAUGUGGUAUUUGGUAAAAUGACAGAGGAAGAGUCAAUUAAGAAAGCUGCUGCCUGUACCGCGUUAGUUCGCAAAUUAACGAAGGAUGACCCAAGUCAGCAAGGUACGAACUGGAUGUUUGAAUUUUCGCCCGAAACCUUCAGUGACACCGAGCCUGAGUUCGUGAUCAAAAUUUGUGAGGCUGUUAAAGAAGCAUGGGGCCCAUCAAAGGAUGUCCCGAUUAUAUUUAAUUUGCCAGCCACGGUAGAGGUAGCCACACCGAAUAUUUUUGCCGACCAAGUGGAGUACUUUGCGACCCAUAUUAGUGAGCGGGAGAAGGUUUGCAUAUCCUUACAUCCACAUAACGACAGAGGUUGUGCAGUAGCCGCCGCCGAACUUGCACAGAUGGCCGGCGCUGAUCGUGUAGAAGGUUGCUUGUUUGGGAAUGGUGAACGGACAGGAAAUGUGGAUUUGGUGACUCUUGGUUUAAACCUAUACACACAGGGGGUGUCUCCAAAUAUUGACUUCAGCGACAUGAGCUCAAUUAUUGACGUGGUGGAAAAAUGUAACAAGAUCUCAGUUCAUCCGCGUGCGCCCUAUGGAGGGCAGCUUGUUGUGUGUGCUUUCAGCGGCUCGCACCAGGACGCAAUCAAAAAAGGAUUCAGCCAAUACGAGAAGGAUCUUGUUACUGCACAGGAAAAACACGGGCCAGAAGCUGUUGUACCUUGGAAAGUGCCAUAUCUUCCAUUGGAUCCCGGCGACAUCGGUAGAACUUACGAAGCUAUCAUCCGUGUAAACUCACAAUCAGGAAAGGGAGGUGCCUCAUGGAUAAUCCUAAAGAACAUGGGCCUCGAUCUACCUCGUGGAUUGCAAGUUGAUUUCUCUAGAGUUGUUCAACGUGAAACUGAGAACUUGCAAAGAGAACUAAAAUGCCAGGAGCUUAUUGACCUAUUUGCAGGAGAAUACUUCCUCAGUACCCCAUGCGACAGUCAAAUCCGGCUUGUGGACUAUGAUUUUAGCCGCCACCAGGGCGUCUGCAGUUUAAAGGUCCAGAUUUCGGUGAACAACGAAACAAGAGAUAUGGAAGGUACUGGAAAUGGUCCAAUUUCUUGCUUCGUGAAUGCUGUUAACAGUGCUGUCGGAGCGAACCUCAAUGUCAACGAUUACCACGAACACUCCUUGGGAAACCGGUCAAACUCUCAGGCUGCAACCUACAUAUCUCUCGAGAGUGAUCAGGCAUUGCAGUGGGGCGUGGGCAUCCACGAGGAUGUCACUGAGGCCUCGUUCCUAUGUUUGAUUUCAUGUAUCAAUGGACUCAGGAGAUCAGGAAGCUUCUCCUUUUUUUAG